AUGGAUGGAUUAGAUUAAAAUUAAGGAGCGCCUUUGACUCAAUAGGAAGAAGAAGAAUAAAACUUCAUCAAGAGUAUUAUUUAUGGAAAUCAAGUGAAAAAUAGUUAUGGCACUUUUAGAGCAUUUUGCAGCGCGAUAUCUCAAAAAGAGCAGAUAGAAAAAAUAAUAUAUUACCUUAAAGAGAAAGAAAAUUUCAAAAAAUAUAACAAAAUUGUAUAUGCUUUCAGGCUUUAUGUCACGCCUACAUUUUUUGUUACGUAAGACGUUCCAAAAUUAGAGCCAAAAUUUGUUGAAGGAUAUCAAGAGGAUCCUACUAUUGAAGGAAGUGGCGAAAAGCUUAUGCAUCUUUUAUAAAAAUUUAAUGUAGAAAAUGUUCUUAUAAUAGUGGGAAUAGAAUAAUAUAAUCCAUUAAAUAAAUUUGAGGCUACUCAUUUCAGGAUUAUUGUUGAAAGAGCUAAGGACCUUCUUAAUAAUUUGUAUUCGAGAGUCGUGUAAUCAGAAAUAGAGAACAUAAGUGAAAACACAAAUUUUCUCCCAGAGAGUUCAUCUAUGCAGAUUAAGAGAUAAGUUAAGCUUAAAAAGCAAAUAUAUCACUUACCAUAGCUACAAUAAGAACCGAAAUUUGCUAGGCCGUAAGAUCGUUAAAAUAAUAGGCCAAAUCAUAUAUUUUACAAUUCUAAGCCAACAUUCUUAAAGCAUAAAAGUGAUUAAAUAUCACAGGAAGUAAUAGAAAGAAGGAAAGAAAUAAAAAUUUUAGGCGAUAAGCUAAAGUAAUAAGCAUAUUAGUUAGAAAAGAUAUUAUCUUCUAUAGAUGCAAGAGAUUAUCUACAACUUAGAUUUGCUAUUUAAUAUGACUAGAAUAAACUUACUGAAAAGCUCCUAAAUAUAUUUAUGAUAAUUGCAGAUGUUUAAUCAAGAGAGCAAUUAGCAUAUGAGUAUGAUCUAAAAAGCGGUUUGGAAGGUUUAACAGUUAACAAUUUAAAUGAAUAAAAAAUAAAAAUUAUAAAUGAAAUGAUAAGAGGAGAUAAAAGACUUACUCUGGACUCUGUCAGCAAAUAGAAUGAAGCACUUGGACCUUUAUUUGGUUUUAUUUAAGUUUUAAUGAGAAGCUAUGAGAAUGGAAAAACAUUAAGAAAGCUUUAAGAAACAGAGAAACAAUUUUAGCUUUUCUAAUAAUAUUAAAAGUCAAUGUCUUAAGGAAUGAUUCCUGAUAUUUAUAAUUAAAGUUAGUCUAACACUGCAAAAAAUGUUAGUAACUCUUAAACUCUUUUCAAUUAAAAUCAUCAAAGCAACCAAAUACAUAACAACAUAGCACUCCAAGAAAAUUAUUACGUCGAAUCAUCUUAAAAAAUCCCAGAAUAUUAAAAUGAAAGCCUUAUCCAAAGUGGAGAACUUUAAAUUAAACCUAAUAAAAUAUACAUAAAUUAACCAUCUAAAAUAAAAAAGAAUAGUCAAGUGUUUAACUGA